CGAUUCUCUUUCUUGCUUCCUUGUUUCUAUUGUUGUGUUUCCGGUAUUCCUACUAGUCCAAUUUAUUCAGGUUCAAAGUACAAAAGGAGCCGGCUACACAAGUUGAUUCUAGUUUCUUGCACACCUUCUGUUCCCAGACGUACGCAAACCCUCUCCAUCCCAUACCCUCAUUCUGUACCGUUCACGGUCCAAAUCACCCAAAGCAACUUUCAUCGCGAGCUCUAUCAUGGUAUCAUUCGAUAAGUUUGUUAGUAGGAGCUAUCCCAUCCUCAUGGGAUCAAUAACCCUCUUCACCAUCAUUGAACUGGCAAUAUCUGCCUUCUUGGUGUCACGAUAUAACUCACGCCACGAUUAUCCUAGCACAAGCGUGCGAGACCAGUCACGGUUCCUCUUGUUCUGUUCUGUGUGGACGUUAUUCAGUGCACCUGUGUACCUCUUCCUCUUCUUUUGGAAACCAUGGAGAUCCGUCAUCUCUUCCACUAUAUCCCAUCUCGUUUGGACUUCCCUGUCCUGGAUCUUCUGGUUUUCUGGUGCAGUCGCCAUUACUGCAUCACUUGGUGGAGGUAAUAACUGCUCUAACUUGGAUUACAAUCUUCCAUAUUGCAACCACCUCAAUGCGCUGGAGGGAUUCGCAUGGAUUGAAUGGAUCCUCUUCACCGCCUUCUUCCCUGUUGUAAUCUUUAUUGCACAACGUGCAUACAGGAGCGGGUCUCCUCUUCGCGGCGGUCUCAUCAGCACCAGAGUCUAAUUCCGAUCGCGGUGAUGGGGAUUCAAAUGUGUGUGCGUGCCGAUCCCCAUUACAUUUUCUGCACGAUAUACCAACGGAAUCGA